GCUGUCUCUCUCUCUCCCCCAAAAUUUGAAUUAGGAUGGAGUUCAGAUACAGAGCCAUCGACACCGAUCGGCCACCUCCUGUGAAGGACACUGCGCCAUCUCAGUCUCCGAAUCCAAACUAUUCCUUCUUCUCGGCAAUACCAAUCCCAGGAUGCAACAUAAGACCAAGAGGGGACUAUGUCCAACGAGAGAUUGAGAAGGAGCAAAUCCGUCGAGAGAUCAUUGCAGCGGAAACUGCGAGAAGAAAAGAGCUUAUAGCUGAGGUUGCACAGGAGAUGGCUAUAGAGAGAGAAAUGGCCAUAAAAAGUAUCGCAGAGAAGGAGGAUAAGAUAGCUACGUGGAUCACUCAAAGGAAGCUUUCAACACAUCAGAGCCACAACAACAACAAUUCUAAACUGAAGCGUACUUACAGUGAUCCUGCCAUGUACACAAGCCCCAACAGUCUAGUUACAUCACCAAUGAAGAAAAUGCCUCCAUUACAGCAAAUGCUUGAGGCUACAAAAGCUAAGGAAACAUCUGUCCUCGAGUCUAACAAGGACAAGUUGAUUAUAUUGCAGGAUAGGCCUGAUCCUAUAGGAGAGGAUACUCAAACUCGUCUUGGAAGAGCUAAGCGUAAAGCAAAGGAUGUAGAGGGUGGUUUGAACGAACCUUCCAAAAGAAAAAGACCGUUUACGUUUUGGUGCGACCUUUGUAAUGUUGGAGCUUAUAGUGAAACAGUCAUGAGGAAUCAUGAGUUAGGCAAAAAGCAUAAAGCUGCUGUUAAAAAGCAGCCUGAGACGAAGGCUGCUUCAACCUCUCAUGCUUCCCUUACAGCUCCACAAUCAGAAGCUAUCACAGUAGUGGCGAAUAAGCAACGUCAGGAAGUGGAUGAAAUGGCAGAAAAAGAAACGGGAAAGAAGAUAGAAGGUGAGAAGAAAAAGAAGGUAAUCAUUCGGUGCGAAACUUGUAACGUUGUGACGUAUUCUGAGAGUGUGAUGGAGACUCACAUGCUUGGGAAAAAACACAAGGCUAUGCUUAAGAAACAUUACUCUGAGCAGUUGCUGGAGACUCACAGGCUUGAGAGGGAAAAAGCAUCUACAGUCUCAGUGAAAUCUUUAGAUGCUGAUCCAAGCGAGGAAGCAAUGGUUUAUUUCUUGGGAGAGAGCCUCUAGCUAGCUGAUUUAGCUUUAGGUUAUAUGGAAUCAGAGAUUUGAAUUUCAUUUAGAUAUGAAGAAAGUGUUCUUCUCUUUUUAUAUUGUAUUUUUAAAAUUAUAUUUGGAACCUUGAAAUAGAGAAAUCAGUGCCAUUAGAAAGACUUGAAUAUGUAUGUUAAAUGGAAUCAUGAU